GAACUUCGAUGUUGUGAAUUGCAUGUUUGUUUAUUUACUGCUUUACGUGUAGAGAGUAGAGUGAGGGAUCUGGGAACAUGUGGUACAUUAUUAGCUGAAGUUAAUAGUAUUGUGUUGUAUCGGUGGAAAUAAUCUACACACAUUUGACUCCAUGUAGGAUGCAUGAGAGAAUAACUUUUGGCAAGCAUUACCCCGGUUUUUACGUGAUCUUUUAGUACGAAGACGAGAGCCCCCAUCCCUAAGCAUUUUCAAGAUGCAGGUGGUUCGCCAAGUGUGUUCUAACAAACUCAGAACUUUUGCUUACCAAUCAACAGCAAGGAGCCUAUGUGUGUCUUGUGGGGCAAUGAACAAAUACGCGGCACGGGAAGGACGAUUCUUGGCAAAGGUCAUGAAAUCAGGUCCUAAGAAGAAGAAAUACUGGAGUUCCUUUGAAGACAACUCUGUCCCUUCUGCUACACAGAUGGCAAGUGCAAUUGGAGGGAAAAGUGCAAAACGUGUGGCUGUUUUAAAUAAAUUAUUUAUGAAAAAUAUAACAGGCUUGAUGGCAACAGGAGAAGUAGCUGCAGAAAUUCUUGGGAAAGGAAUUGAAAUCUCAAAGGUGAAAGUGGCAUCUGACUUUAAUCUGGUAAAUGUAUACUGGUGUGCAAAGGGAGAUGGAUGUGAUGAAGACAUUGAAAAAACACUGCAGUCAGUGGCGGGACAGCUUCGACAUGAGCUUUCUCAGCUUAGAGUGAUGGGUGUUGUGCCCAGGAUACAGUUUGUUAAAGAUAAACAUUACUCAAAAACAGCUGAAGUUGAACGUCUGUUGCAAACUGCAGAUUUUGGUGAAGAUUAUGUUCCUUCUACCGAUGGUUCUUCGAUCCGAUCAGAAUUUACAGAAGAAUACACACUAAAUCAAAGGAAAGAGGAGAAAAAGGAUUGUAAAGAUGAUUUGUUAAAUGAAGUGGAAUAUGAUGAUGAUGACCUGGACUUACCAGUCAUGAGAAUGGAUGUGUUGGGUGUUGAUCAUAGUGCAAUAAUGAAAAAGAUAGUGAGGUCAAUGAAAAAAGCAAAAGCAUCUCAUAGAUUUGAGUGUCCUGAAAAGCCAUUGGGCACUCUUUCAGAAAGUGAUACAGAUCAAAAUAUUGCAUAUCUAACUCCAAAGCAACAAAGAUUGGAAUUAAGUAAAUUUCUAACACAACGGAAGAAUCUUAAAAACAAGACUCGCACAAGGUCCAAUGUGGAUUUGGACAUGUUGGAUGAGGAUAACGUCACUCACAACAGUUCCUUCAGUCAGUUUUUGGAUGAUGAUAAAGAGGAACAAGAUUUUAUUGAGUAUGAUGAUUCUUAUUUAAGAAGACACUGAAUUGUAAGUGCUCAAAAGAUGUUGCUCCAUGUACAAGGAAUAAUAAUCAAAUAAAAUUAAUGUCUUAAAAGUUAUUGGGCUGUUGAAAAUUGAUAUUUUCAGUGUGGUGCUGUAAUAGCAAUCUUACAGUGAAUGCUGUACUUAUAUUUAAUUUGACGUCUAUGUUGUAUACCUAGCUGUUAUUGGCAUGACGUAGCUUAGUGAGUGGUGCAUAUGGCAGCAGGUUCUUGGCAAAGUUUAAUAUGUGGUUGAUGAAUUGUGUAUAUAAGCAACAGCUGUUAUAGUUAACAAAUAUUGUAACGAUGUUGCCUUUAGUGAAAGCAUAAAACAAUCAUUUCCAGUGUAA